AUGGCCAGUCGUUCGUAUUCCCUUCUCGUCGUCUUCUCCAUUCUCUUCAUUCUCGCAUUUUCUAACAUAGCCGAGGCAAAGUUGCGUCCUUCUCAAUGUAAGCCGAGGUGUACUUACCGAUGUUCGGCGACGUCUCACAAGAAACCGUGCAUGAAAUACUGCCUCCAAUGUUGCGCUAAGUGUCUAUGUGUCCCACCGGGGACUUAUGGUAACAAAGAAACAUGCCCUUGUUAUAACAACUGGAAGACUCAGGAAGGUCGCCCUAAAUGUCCUUAAGCUUAACUC